AUCGUCUCCGAUAUCUCCACAACACAACCAGCGAGAAACGACCCCGUUUAUUAUGCUAUCUAUAACGGUAAUGAUUUUUUUGAGCUCACCUCACCUCACCUCACAGCCAGUCUCCUCCUCCUCAAAACUAUACAGUAUUACUACUCCAGGACUACAAGAGUCAACUAACCAACUAACCGAGCAGAAACAAACUAGAAGGAGAAGCAAAAGCAAUUGAGUGUUUCUCUGAGAUCGAUCGCCCAAACUAGCUGGAGGCUUGAGGCAAGAGGUAAUAUGAAAGGCUAGCAAUUAGGGAUUCUAUUGAAUAAAAAAAAAAGGGAGGAAAAAUGGUGGGAAGUGCGAGUGGGAGCUCAACAGCAACAGCAACAGCAACGGCGGCGUUAAGUGGGUUGCAAGAUCACUUGAAAUUGGCAAGAGAAUACGCCCUUGAAGGCCUCUAUGACACUUCCAUUAUCUUCUUCGACGGCGCCAUUGCUCAGAUCAUCAAGCACCUUACCACGCUUGACGAUCCAUUAAUUCGUACCAAAUGGAUGAAUCUCAAGAAAUCCCUUUCCGAGGAGACUCAAGCUGUCAAAGAAUUGGAUGCUGAGAGGAGAGCUCUUAAGGAAGCUCCUGCUUCCAGGCGCGUUGCUUCUCCCCCCAUUCAUCCUAAAUCUUCCUUUCUUUUCCAGCCUUUGGAUGAGUACCCUUCGCCUUCUGCUGCUCCCAUCGAUGAUCCUGAUGUUUGGAGGCCCCCCAGUCGGGACACUGCCAGCAGGAGGCCUGCCAGGUCUGCUCAAGCGGGUAUCAGGAAAUCUCCCCAAGAUGGGGUCUGGGCUCGUGGUGCUUCCACAAGAACUUCUACUACUGGACGCGGUGCGAAAACGGGUGGUUCGGGUAGGGUAAACUCGGGAGUCAGAGCAUCGACAACCGGAAAGAGAGGCACUUCCACUUCCACUGUCACUGGAAAACCGGGAAAAGGAGAUUCAGCUAAUGGUGAUGCUGAAGAUGGAAAGAAGAGGCCGCAAUAUGAGGGACCCGAUCCUGACUUGGCUGAGAUGCUUGAAAGGGAUGUCUUAGAAACUAGUCCUGGAGUAAGAUGGGAUGAUGUUGCUGGACUAAGCGAAGCGAAACGUCUUCUGGAGGAAGCUGUUGUCCUUCCUUUGUGGAUGCCUGAAUAUUUCCAGGGAAUUAGGAGACCUUGGAAAGGUGUGCUUAUGUUUGGCCCUCCUGGUACCGGGAAGACAUUACUUGCUAAAGCUGUUGCUACUGAGUGUGGUACAACAUUUUUCAAUGUUUCAUCUGCGACAUUAGCUUCAAAAUGGCGUGGGGAGAGUGAACGAAUGGUUCGAUGCUUAUUUGAUCUAGCACGAGCUUACGCACCAAGUACAAUUUUCAUUGAUGAGAUUGAUUCUCUAUGCAAUGCCAGGGGGGCUUCAGGGGAGCAUGAAUCAUCUCGAAGGGUCAAGUCUGAACUUCUGGUCCAGGUAGAUGGUGUAAACAAUGGUUCCACUGGUGAAGAUGGCAGUCGGAAAAUAGUGAUGGUUUUGGCAGCUACUAACUUUCCUUGGGACAUAGAUGAAGCACUAAGGAGGAGGUUGGAAAAACGUAUUUACAUUCCACUUCCAAAAUUCGAGAGUCGUAAGGAGCUUAUUAGGAUCAAUUUGAAAACUGUUGAGGUGGCAACCGAUGUAAAUGUUGAUGAAGUUGCUCGCAGGACAGAGGGAUACAGUGGAGAUGAUUUAACGAAUGUUUGCAGGGAUGCUUCUUUAAAUGGCAUGAGACGCAAGAUAGCAGGAAAGACACGAGAUGAAAUUAAGAACAUGCCUAAGGAUGAGAUUUCAAAGGAUCCUGUUGCGAUGUGUGAUUUUGAAGAGGCCUUGCGGAAGGUUCAGCGCAGUGUUUCCCAAGCAGAUAUUGAGAAGCAUGAGAAGUGGUUCUCGGAAUUUGGAUCAGCGUAAGGGCGAUGAAACCCAUCGUGAGACUCCUUCUGGUUGGUAUUUUCAUCAAAUGUUUUUCACUGGAGGUGAUAGUAUUUUGGCAUUGAUUUCAUUGAUUGUAACCCAUUUGUUGGAAAGGGCUGAUAUCAUUUUGCUAUUUUGCAACUGUAACCUCCCUUUUGUAAUGUAAUCGAAAUUCCUUACCAAAUAUUUUUGCCCAUUUGGCAAGGAUUGAUUGCUGAUAUAACCAAUGCACUAAAAUCAUGCUUAACUA